AUGGCGCGCCAUUCGAAGCACAAUACGGCCUCGGGCCACUUUACCUAUGCCGAAUACCAAAUGCUCAAGGACCGCUGGGGCUCGCGCAAGCUCCGGCUUUCUGUCGAGAAUAUGCGGGGAUUCCAUGCAUGUUGCCUGUGCCUGCAGAGCGCGCAGCGCCCGGUGUGCUGCAGCGAAGGCCACCUCUUUUGCAAGGAAUGUGUCCUGAACGACCUCGUUACACAAAAGACGCAGCUCGCCGAGCACGCCAAGCGGCGCGCCGAGCUCGUCCAGAAAAAGGCUGACCAGGACGCCGAGGACGCGGCGAGCAAGGAGCGCAGCAAGAUCGCGGCCUUUGAGGCGUCCGCGUCUGCGCUCCCGAGCGAGUCGAGCAAGCGCAAGCGCGAGGACGAGGGCGAUGGCAGCGCCAAGCAGGCGCGCACGGACGAGUCGCCUGCGAACCCCGCAUUCUGGCUGCCGAGUCUCACGCCCGGCGUCGAGAUGGACGCCGAGGCGCUGCGUGAGCUCGCGAAAGACGACCGCCCGUCGACGACGAUGUGCAUUGCCGGCUCCGACAAGCCGCACAAGCUCACGAUGAAGGGGCUGGUUCCGGUGCACUUUAGCACGCGGACCGUCGAUACCAAGCCGCAGCUCUACUGCCCCAGCUGCAAGAAGGAGUUUGCGCUCGCGUCGCAAGUGCAUGUCCUGCGCAAGUGCGGCCAUGUCCUCUGUGCGUCGUGCACGAAAGAGCUCGUCGAGACGCCGCUCGCAAAAGGCGAGGCGAGUGCGUGCCCCGAGUGCAGCACGCCCGUCCCCCGCAAGCAGGACGUGAUUGCGAUCGCGCGCGAAGGCACCGGCUUUGCGGGUGGCGGGCGCGCCGAGGCCAAGACCAAGGGUAUUGCGUUCCAGGGCUAA